AUGAAGGUUAUACCCUUGGCCAUUUCGGUUUCAUCCUUCGCUUUUUUCUCCAAUGCAUUCUACCUGCCUGGCGCUGCGCCUCGAAACUACGCUCAAGGAGAGCAAGUAGACCUUUUCGUCAACGCUCUAACUCCUAUGAUUUCAGGAAAGGACGACGCAAAACUGAAAUCCUUAAUUAAUUAUGAUUACUAUAAUCCGAAAUUCCAUUUCUGCGAGCCAGAUGGAGGGCCAGUAAAACAGUCCGAGAGUUUGGGUGGAAUCCUUUUCGGAGACCGCAUUUUCAGCUCCCCGUUUGAUAUCAAAAUGCUAGAGAGCAACCAGACGUGUCAGACUCUCUGUAAAACGACUGUGGACGGAGAGAGCGCGAAAUUCAUCAACGACAGAAUACGAGAAGACUAUGCAUUGAACUGGUUGAUUGACGGAUUACCUGCAGCCGAAAUGAAGAUUGACUUGAGGACAGGAGAACUGUUCUUUGACAUUGGCUUCAAUCUAGGAAAUGACGACGAACCCUUCGAGGAAAUGCCGGCUUUAAAUAACCACUACGAGAUCGUACUGAGAUAUCACGAGUACGCUCCUGGCGAUUAUCGCAUCGUCGGAGUCCUAGUGUGGCCCUACAGUAUUGGAGGUGACCAAGAAGGCCCGGCAACCUGUGAUACCGAAAACAUCAGCCCACUGGUUCUGAGCGAAACACAAUCUCAGACUGUACGUUACACCUAUCGUGUAACGUGGAACGCUUCAUCGACCCCUUGGGCCACUCGAUGGGACAAUUAUCUCAAAAUAGCUGACCCUAGAAUCCAUUGGUUUAGUCUUGUUAACUCUAUCGUCAUUGUCGUAUUUCUUCUCGUCAUGGUCUCUAUGAUUCUUUAUCGUAGCGUCUCCCGGGAUAUUUCUAGGUACAACGCAAGUGACAUGAGUGAGGAUGUUCAAGAAGAUUGGGGUUGGAAACUCGUACACGGGGAAGUUUUCCGUCAACCUUCACAUCCCAUGCUUCUUGGCAUUAUGUCCGGAAAUGGUGCACAACUCUGUUCGAUGGUUGGAGUAACUUUAGUGUUUGCGUUAUUGGGUUUCCUUUCUCCUUCAAACCGUGGUUCUUUGGCCACCGUGAUGAUGGUGUGCUUCUCGUUCUUCGGAUGCAUUGGUGGAUAUGUUUCGAGCCGUGUUUAUAGUUCGCUUGGUGGGUCUGACAAGCGCAAAAAUGCGUUCCUUACGGCCACUGGCCUGCCUACCAUCGUCUUCAUGAUAGUAUUCUUGUUAAACUUCUUCCUUCUUAUGGCCAACUCCUCGGGUGCCGUUCCAUUUGGUACACUGCUUGUGAUUGCUCUCCUUUGGUUUGGUAUUUCAGCUCCGUUAUCCGCUGUCGGUUCUUAUUAUGGUACAAAACACGGUGCUAUUCACCACCCUGUGAGAGUCAACCCCAUUCCCCGCCAGAUUCCUCCGAGCCCGAAGUAUCUUCGACCUUGGUCAGCGGCCUUGCUGAGCGGUAUACUUCCUUUUGGUGCCGCGUUUGUUGAGCUCUAUUUUGUCAUGUCGUCGUUGUUUGCCUCGAAGGCAUACUAUGCGUUUGGCUUCGUGGCAUUGACGGCUGGCGUCAUGGGCAUCACGGUUGCAACAGUCAGUAUCCUGUUCACGUACUUCAUGCUGUGCGCUGAAGAAUACCGAUGGCACUGGCGUUCGUUCUUGAUUGGCGGAGGCAAUGCUUUCUGGGUGUUGGCUUACGGACUGUUCUAUUGGGCAUCACGGUUAUCGUUAGGCUCGUUUUCGAGUGUCGCGCUCUAUAUGGGAUAUCUCCUCCUUUUGGCUCUUCUGGAUUUCCUUGUAACCGGUUCUUCCAAUCUCUCUUUAGCUUCGUACUGGGCGGUUCGCAAACUGUACAGUGCAAUCCGAAUCGAUUAG